AUGGUGGUCAACUGCAGCAAAGGCAAAGACGUCUACGCGAUGGCGACGGCGCCGCCCAGGAGAUUCUCGGUGGACCUCGUCAGGCUGUUUCUGCUCUUCGCCGUGCUCACCACCGGCUUCCUCGUUGCCGUCCUCUUCUUCGGCGACGGCGUGGCCGCCUCCAGCUACUACCGCCUCCCGAGCCUCGCCCUCCCCGAUGUUAUCCACGCCGUUGGGAGAUCGGCGCCGUGCACGGAGGAAAACGAGGUGGAACGCUGGUGGGCUCGACCACCGGCCAAAAGCGCGUGGCACAACAUGAGCGACGAUGAGCUGCUGUGGGCGGCAUCGUUCGAGGCCCGGGCCGCACCGCCGCGGCGGCCAUCGAAGCCGAGGAAGGUGGCGUUCCUGUUCCUGACGCGCGGCCCGCUGCCGCUGGCACCGCUCUGGGAGAGAUUCUUCAAUGGCACCAGCACCGGCGGAAACGGCACGGAGCUCUUCUCCGUGUACGUCCACACCACGCCGGGGUACCGCCCCGACUUCCCGCCGUCGUCGCCGUUCCACGGCCGUCAGGUUCCCAGCCAGGUGACGCAGUGGGGGAGGCCGAGUAUGGUGGACGCGGAGCGGCGGCUGCUGGCGAACGCGCUGCUCGACCAUGACAAUGAGCACUUCGUGCUCGUCUCCGAGUCAUGCAUCCCUCUCCAUCCUCUUCCCACCGUCCACGCCUACCUUACCCGCUCCGUCCAUAGCUUCAUCCAGGUCAUUGAUGACCCAGGCCCGGAUGGCCGGGGCCGUUAUCACGCCGGCAUGGCCCCUGACGUGCCCAUCUCGCAGUGGCGCAAAGGGUCGCAGUGGUUCGAGCUCCGGCGAUCUCUUGCUGUGUUCGUGGUUGCUGAUGGCCGUUACUACCCUAGGUUCCGUGAGGUGUGCCGGCCGCCGUGCUAUGUGGACGAGCACUACCUCCCCACGGUGCUCACCAUUGUGGCGCCGGGGAGCAUAGCCAACCGCAGUGUUACUUGGGUAGACUGGUCCCGUGGCGGGGCGCACCCUGCGAGUUUUGGUACCAAGGAUGUAAGGGAGAAGUUCUUGGAGGGGAUGGUGGGGAAGAAGGAGAAGAAAAGGUGUACGGGCAAUGGGCAGUUGGAGGAGGCAUGUUUUUUGUUCGCAAGGAAGUUCGCGCCAAGCGCGCUGCAGCCACUGCUCGAGCUUUCUUCCGGGAUCCUCGGGUACUAG